CGAUUUAGUAGUUAGUUAAGAUUCCUUAUACCUUUAACAUAAACAAUUCUUCAGACCACAGUGCUCUUCUUCCGGUUGGCAAUGGAUAGCUGAACUGCUAAACUUCAACCUCGCUGGUGCCUGGUAUAUGCUUAAUUUCACUUCGAAAGGCUGUAUUUAACAUCAACUGGAGCUGACAGAUUUGGCUAUGGACGGCGAGGCCGAGGUGAUUCGCUUGAGUGAAUCCCGCGGUAUCCGCCCUUACGAGGGCAACGACUUUAAACCACUUAAAGUCCGCACAUCUAAAGAGGAUUCAAGAGCACCAAGGAGGUCUGUCGAUGCCAAUAUUAAUCAGAGCCUCCUAGGCGGCCACGGCGGUUCCCACGGCUGGUUGUGGCGGAACCCCUGCAACGGAGGGCAACCGCACGUCUAUCCUGAUAGCCCAAAACUGUACAAUACCUUCUCUGGCAACGAGGCCGGUCGUUGUCCGUCAUCUCCAGUUCACGUGCCCGUGACGAUGGCCUACACUCCUGCUCCUGGAUAUGUGAUGUUUCCCGUCAUGUUGUCAGGAGCGCCAGACAGUCCCCGCGGGGGGUUAACGCCUCUCAUGGGAAGCCCAGUCAGCACGCCCACGGCGAUGAUGUUCCCCCAGACGCCGUUCGCACAACAUGCACCAGUGGGGCCGUUCGCUCCUCCUCAGGGCCCCAACGGCCCCGCCAUGCGCCCGGGCUCGAUAUCUGGAGCUCCGCCGAGUGGAUCUGUCGGCCCCGACAGCGCAUCCGCCUACUUCCAUCCCCUCUUCAACGGUUUCAACGCCUUUGGAGCCCCAGGAGGCGGCAUGGCCCCUGUUCCGGGUGCCCAUGGGUCAUUUGGCGGGCCCGUUGGCCCGAUGGGGAACAUGCAGCAGCCAGUUACCAAGCAACAGCGCAGCAGUACAGCUGGUGACAAGGGUCGGCCGUACCAGCCUUCGCCGCUUAAGCCAGGGCCGCGCAAGUCGUCGGGCAACGGUGGUUCGAUCAGCGGCGUGGGGCCGUUCCCGCAAAUGGCGUCGUCGCUGGACGGCCGUGCCAUUUGUACGCCAACAACGGUCUCCGGCAACGGCAGCACAGGCCCCAACGUUCCUCCGCCGCCGCAGUCGGCAUCCUCGAACAAUGGCCGAGGGCCAUACAGGCAGCAGAGCCAAGGAUACCAGGCUGCCGCCAACUACCAGCUUUCCCAAGCCUCCGCAAUGGGCGGCGCUGCAUCCUCGGACGCUCAGGCUGCCGGAACAGAUGGGGACGAUGUGUCGCCCGUAGCCCCGGCCUCGGCCUCACCGCAGCAGCAUCCCGCGCCUGUUUCCCCUGAUCCCUCAAUGCCUGCGUAUAGUGCCACGUCGGCCGUUCGCGCCGCUGCAGUCUCGGCUACCACUACCCCUCGCGACGCACUCGACGCCACUACUGCUGCUGCGGCGGCGGCCGUUGUGGCGGCAGCUGCGGCAGCUGUCGGCAACCUGUCUACGGGCCCUACGCCUCGCACAUCCUGCACCAACCCAUCCGCGACGCCGCCACCUAGGACUUCCAUCUCAGGCGGUCUGGUUCCUCCGCCUUCGUCUCGGACAUCCAGUUCCGGCAUGACUCUUCCGGCUGCUGCGGCUGCAGCUGCCACAGCUCUGGGCUCUGUCGUCAGCGUCCCGGCGCCUGUGCCGCUUCCGGACGACUCGGCGACCUCCAUGCCGGCGCCCGCGCUUGACACUGAUGGCAUGGGCCUUGCAGGCGUUGACGUGGAUCUGCCGGCGUACGGCGGUUUUGGGUCUCCCGGCAUGACCCAAAUGGCUGGGAAUGCUGCCGCGGCUGCCGCUGCGGCCGCAUCCGCAGCUUCAGCCUGGGGCUUCUAUGACGCCUCCACGGCUGCGACGGCGGGUAUGAACACGCCGCAGAUGUGGCCGGGUGCCAUGCCGCGUCUGUACGGCACUGCCCCUCACAUGAUGACUGGCGGCAUGGCGCACCUGGCGCAACAUGCCCACAUGCACAACGCCCAGCAGGCAUCCGUCAUGGCAGCCGCAGCAGCGCAGCAGCACCUUCCUCAACAAGCCACCACCAUGCAGCAGCCAUCGUUGCAGUACGCAGCCAUGAUCCAGCAGCUGCAGCAGCUAGCCGCCGUGCCGAACCCGAUGGCGACUGGCAUGCCCUGCUAUGUUGCAGCGCCCUCUCUUGAGACGGACUACAUGGCGGCUGCGGAGCACAUUGCCCAGCUGCAGGCGCAGCUGCAGGGCUCCCUCAUUGCACAGCAGCAGCAAAACCUCCGGGCUGCCGCUGCCGCAGUGGCGGACAUGCAGCACCCGGUUAUGGCUGCAGCGGCUGCUAGUGCCGCCGGCUUGUCGCCCGGUGGCAUGCUGGUCAACCCUGCCUUCCUCUCGGGAGCUCUGUCGGCCCACCAUCACCCAACGCAUCACCAUCACCAGUUUGGUGGGGGCAUGCACAUGCACGGCUUGGGCAUGGGUGGCCUGGGACCCCGUCCGCGUCGCAACCCGGGAAGCGGCAUUGGGACGGGCGCCAUGAGCGGCGGCGCAGCUGCUGGCGCUGGAGGCGAUGGGCAGGUUCGCCUCAACGCUCGCCAGCGACGGACGCUGCGCCGCGCUAAGGAGCGUGCCAUUCGCGGCCUGCUUGAAGCCGGUAAGAUCCUGGUUGCGAGGACCAUUGGCGACGGGGCCGAUGAUGGCGGAGCAGCCAGCGACUUGCCGUCUGGUGGCUAUGACACGGAUGACGGCGACGAGCAAACGGACGAGGGAGAGAGCCCCGCCCGCCCGGCUUCUGGCAGCGCUGGCAGCGGAAGUGGCCAGUCCUCUCCUGUGGUGACCUUGUCUGGCGUUGUUCCAGUGUCGUCUGCCGCUGCUGCCGCCGCUGCUGGUGACGCCGCCGCCGCUGCAGUUAAGCGGACGCCCAUGUCUGGCGAGCAGCAGGUCCCAGCUGUCCCAGCAGUGGUCUCCUCGCCGGAUACCGCGACCGCUUCCACGGGCAAGCCGCUCCUGUCCAACCAUGCUGGCUCUGUUGGUGACAGCCAUUCACCCGCCUCAUCCUCAAACGCGAGCUCGGUCUGCGAGGCGGGCAGCAGCGGCGGCCGUGCCGACAGCAACACGAGCAGCCUUACGGGCCAGGAGGCCAUGUUGUCGGGCGCUGCCAACAGCACCGCCUCCUCGGGGAAGAUGUCUCCGCUGUCUCCGGCUGAGGGUGCAAACGAGGCCUCCUCAGCGCCUGCGCCUGUGGGCUCGCGGCCCUCGGCUGCUGCUGGUGUUCGAAUCCAGACGCCGCCUGCUGGCAAGCCGGCAGUGUCAGGGGUCGCGGCUGCUGCUGCCGCUGUCGUUGGUCCUGCAGCUGCGGCCGCGGCAGCGCUUGCUUCGGGCGCCCCGUCAGAUGUUGACAUUGCGGCGCUCAUCCAGCAGCUGAACCUGAAGCGCGAGGAGGGGCUUGUGGACGAGAAGCUGCUCCGGGAUCUUGAGAUCAUCAACAACCUCAUUGGUGCGCUCAAGUCGACGGGCCCCAACACGGCCCCCAGCUACAACGCCCAAGGCCGCAAGCCACCCACGGGCCACCCCCACGUCCACGGCCAAGGGCACUAUCACGGCCACGUCAACCCAAUGCAGUACAUCAGCAGCGUACAGAAGCUGUCCAAGGGCUUUGGCCUGGGCUACUAGGGCGGCUGUCGCGCCUGCAGCUGCCUGUGGGUCGGGCUCAUGUACAUGUACGACAAGGGUACAGGAUGGAGGCUGGUUUCCAGGAUUUGGUGAGGAUGGUAAUUCCUAGGGGUUUGGAGGCAGUGUGUUCUGUGCUUGCAGAGAGUAUAUGUCGUAUGGGCCUUUAGAUACGCCUUUCACUGUUCCCGCUGCGCCGCAGGAAGGGUUAUCGGUACAUGUCUCAGUUUAUGAUGCGUGUGUGUGUGGGGGGGGGUUGGUGCGUGUCAGGAGAGGGUUCUAUGCAGGAGGUUGUGGUUCCUGCCAAGGCGCGCAGGCAAGUACACUUGGCUGCCCGCAGGAGGAUGAUACCAUGCUAGGGAUUUGUUGGCGCAUGGGGUGUGCGGCAGGGGGGUCACGAAGGCGGCAGUGCAUGGCCAGCCAAGCUCGCUUUCCUAUUCGAGGCAAAUGUAUAGGUACAGAGGUUAGCAGGACGGUCAUGGCAGGCAGUGUCUUUGGGUGUCCUGUAUUCCGUAGAGCUGGGGGCUGGUUGAGCGGCCUGGCGCAGCGAGCUCGGCUGUACUUGCCAGGAAGCAGUGUUUGCUUUACGCAGUAGGUCGGGUAUAUUGGUGAAGUUAUUUUCAUGUUGUGCGGUAUGAACGCACGGGUAGGCGGCAGGCCUUUGUGGCAAGGAGGCAUCAUGGCAAUCCUCUCUUGCAUGGCAUGGCGGGUGCGUCCGUAGUUCUGUUUCCCCGUUGCUUACGGGCCCCAGAACUCGGACUCGCGCCGCAGGAGGUGCCGACAUGCCCUCGCGUUUGGGUUUUGGUGGCGCGCGCGAGUCGUCUGCUGGUGGAGUUGUCGACUGCCGUACAAGGCAGGGAGGAGAGGCGAAGCAGGAGGUUAGGAAAGUGAGCGGUUGUUGAUUGCGGUUGGAAGGUCGUUUGUCGUGGUCAACAGCCUAGUGCUUAGGAGCAGAGUGCGUAGGGUGUCAGAGGCGUAGCCGAUGGAAGAUCCAUACUUACCACUCUUCAUAAUCCCAGCCUGCCCACCCGCCCGCCCGUGUUGAGUGGCUGGUUGCGGGGGCUGUGUUGUGGGCGAGAGUCCCUGCCAGCCCUGGAGUGCGUCACGCCCCAUCAUAACGCGGAUUGGCAGGCCUUGGGAUGGGCCCUGCCGAAUCUGCAACAUCUGCACGGCGCCGCGGCCUGCGCUAGCUGUGAAACUGGUGCAUGCUAGAUGCGAGCUAUAUGCUUGGUUCCUGCUCGCGAAAGGGGUGCUUAGUAUAGUAGGCAGUACCGUGCUGGAUAAAACCUAAAAAAGGUGGGUUUUUGAUGCGAGGCGUGAAGACGCCGUUGCUUCUGUCUCUGGAAAGAUUCCCGAGAUGUGGUGGUUGGAGGUUCGCAGUCGACCUCCCUGUUGGUGUUUCGCCGUACGGCUGAGAUUGGUGAGGAUGGUGUUGUAUUGCCGGCAAUGUCCGGCUAGGCUAUCAGAUCUUGCGCUGGUGUUUUUGUUAGCUUUCCUUAGUAGCAGGCAAGGGUAGGUAGGCAAGUAGAUAGGCAGAGCUGCGGUGGCUAGGAGAGAUAUGUACGGAUUACCCGGUUCCGUCUGUCGGUCUGGGAUUGUAUGCAGUGUGCCCCCGGCAUGCUGGGUGCGCAUGCCAUAGGUUCUAAUACUACCAUGGACAUGCCAGAGCCUGCCUUGGUUUCGGGGAAGGUAAGCGUUUGUGAUCCAAAGGGGGUUUAUGCAGUUGAAGGACGCAUCUGUUGUCUGGUGGGUGGGUGGGUAGGCGGUGUGUUUGUGUUAUGUAGCUGUCGUUAGGCUUGGGUAUCGGACGGUCGUUGGUGUUUUUCCUUCCUCGAAAGCUUGCCUUCCUGGCAGCUAGGUGUCGGAUCUGAGACUCUUUUAUUACCGGAAUACCGCAAUAGCUGUCUAUUUGUUGUUUAUGUCGGGCGAGGGAAAGGGUUUCAGGCUUGUUCAGGGUUCCUGUGCGUAGAUUUCCUCUUUUACUUCAGCUAUUUGUUGACAGGUCAGCUGCCAGCAUUUGUUGCUGACUGCAGCAUGAGCCUUAUGAGUCACGAGGUACGGACGUUGGUCGUGUGUUCUUGUCAUGGUGUGGCCGUUGGCUGGAGCGGCGCGUCUGUUGCUAGUGUGUGUUUCAUUAGUGCGCUUGGCUUAUAACAAGUGCAGAGGCUUUCAGUGGAUCAGUGGAGGUGGUGGUAUCCACUUGACUGUUUCUGCGGGGUUUCACGUAGGGCAGUGAGCCGCAAGUCCAGUGAACAAGCUGCUAUUUCGGCGUCUGCGCUGGUUCACAGUGUGCAUAUGCGCGUGCGCCUCGGCACAACAGCAACUUUGGAGGGCCUACGUCCAUAUAGUUGUGCUGCCUGUUAUCUUGCGUAUAAUGGGUUGGGAUUCAUGUAGCGGUAGCUUUUCCGGUAUUACAGGUCCGUAAUUUGUGCUUGUAUGGGUAUGUGAUUAUUCCUGCGUGUAACUAGUCCAAAUUGUGCAAAUGGAAGUCUUUAGGAUUGCUAAUCACGCUGAGCACGCUGUGUGCCACAAGAUGUAACUUCAGACUUCACACAA